GAGGAGCUGGAGGAGGCCAAGAAAAAGCUGGCACAGCGUCUGCAGGAUGCAGAAGAACAUGUGGAAGCUGUGAAUGCCAAAUGUGCUUCCCUAGAAAAGACAAAGCAGCGGCUGCAGAAUGAAGUGGAGGACCUGAUGAUUGAUGUGGAAAGGUCGAACGCAGCUUGCGCAGCUCUGGACAAGAAGCAGAAGAACUUUGACAAGAUCCUGUCAGAGUGGAAGCAGAAGUAUGAGGAAACGCAGGCUGAGCUGGAAUCCUCCCAGAAGGAGUCUCGUUCUCUCAGCACGGAGCUGUUCAAGAUGAAGAAUGCCUAUGAGGAGUCCUUGGACCACCUGGAGACGAUGAAGCGGGAGAACAAAAACUUGCAGCAGGAGAUUUCUGACCUCACGGAGCAGAUUGCAGAGGGAGGAAAGGCCAUUCAUGAGCUGGAGAAAGUGAAGAAGCAGAUAGAGCAGGAGAAAUCUGAAAUCCAGGCAGCUUUGGAGGAAGCUGAGAAUGAAGCCCUGAGGCUGAAGAAGAAGAUGGAGGGAGACCUCAACGAAAUGGAGAUCCAGCUGAGCCAUGCCAACCGUCUGGCUGCAGAGGCCCAGAAGAACCUGAGAAACACCCAGGCAGUGCUGAAGGAUACACAAAUACACUUGGACGAUGCUCUCAGGACACAGGAGGACCUGAAGGAGCAGGUGGCCAUGGUGGAGCGCAGAGCAAACCUGUUGCAGGCUGAAAUAGAAGAGCUCCGGGCAGCCCUGGAGCAGACGGAGCGGUCAAGGAAAGUGGCUGAGCAGGAACUGAUGGAUGCAAGCGAGAGAGUUCAACUUCUCCACAGUCAGAAUACCAGCUUGAUCAACACUAAGAAGAAGCUGGAAACAGACAUUUCUCAAAUUCAGAGUGAAAUGGAGGAGACAAUCCAGGAAGCCCGUAAUGCUGAAGAGAAGGCCAAAAAAGCCAUCACAGAUGCAGCCAUGAUGGCAGAAGAGCUGAAGAAGGAGCAGGACACAAGUGCCCACCUGGAGAGGAUGAAGAAGAACUUGGACCAGACAGUGAAGGAUCUGCAGCUGCGUCUGGAUGAGGCUGAGCAGCUGGCACUGAAAGGAGGCAAGAAGCAAAUCCAGAAGCUGGAGGCCAGGGUGCGUGAGCUGGAAGGGGAGGUUGAUUCUGAGCAGAAGCGCAGCGCUGAAGCCGUCAAGGGUGUGCGCAAAUACGAGAGGAGGGUGAAGGAGCUGACCUACCAGUCUGAGGAAGACCGGAAGAAUAUUCUCAGGCUCCAGGACUUGGUGGACAAGCUGCAAAUGAAAGUGAAGUCCUACAAGAGACAAGCUGAGGAGGCUGAGGAGCUGUCCAACGUCAACCUCUCCAAAUUCCGCAAGAUCCAACAUGAGCUGGAGGAAGCCGAGGAGCGGGCUGACAUUGCAGAGUCACAGGUCAACAAGCUCCGAGCCAAGAGCCGCGAGUUUCACAGCAAGAAGAUAGAAGAGGAAGAGUGAGGAUGCAGCAAGCAGCAGUGACAUGGGUGGUCCACAAAAUGUGAACUCCCCUGUCAUUUUCUUCUGUAAUUAGCCUUUAUAUCCACCCCAAUGUCUAGAGAAUAAAGACUGUAGAUUACUUGCAU